UGCCAGUUGGAACGCCGCCAUAGUUCAGUGCAAUUGUAUACAUUUGCUGAAUUAAAUACUUAGAUAAUUAUCUAUCGUUUUGCAUUGUUUAUUAAAUUAAUUAAUCGAUAUUAUUGUUAAUUAUUCAUAUUGUGUGUCAAUUCAAAUUAUUGACCGUAUAACAAUCGUGCUGCGCACCUUUCAGUUUUACGCGGUCUUUCGACCAGCAACUAACCUCAAAAAUACGUUGGAUGUUUUCUGUACUCCGUUUAUUCUUUUAAUUGAGAAUUAAAUGGUUAUUUAAAUUAUUUCACAAUGAGUUCUUUAGACGAUCCAGCUACGAAAAAUAAAUAUCAAAAAUGUAAAUUUCGUGUAAAACGCUGGGAAAGUGAUUUUAUGGACAAAUAUGGACGAAAACCCAAUAAAAAUGACAUAAGGAGUGCAGAUCCAAUAAUCAAAGAGUCUUAUAAAAUAUAUUGGAAAUUAAAAACUCAGGUUUUAGAAGAGACUUUAUUAGAUAUUACAUUUUCUGACGAUGUUCAAUCUAAUGUUACACUUAACAAUACUCUUAACGAAUCGUUAAGUGCAGAAGUGAUAUUUAAUACUACUGUGAAUCAUAAAGGAAAUCCAGAAAUGUCAAAAGAUGAUAACAAUACUCAGGAAGCUUCAAUUAAUCCUCCAGAUGCAGAAAAUAUUGCUCCGAAAAAUUGGAAUAACGAAAUAUCAUCUACAAGUGAAUAUUCUGCAACACCUACAUUAAAAAAUGAUAACGCUAAUGUUGAAGGAGUUUUUGGAGAACACUUAAACCAAAAAAAAGAGUCAUCACAACGAAAAACAAGCAUGCCAAUUGGAAAAACAUCAUCAUUCCAACUUUCACAAAAGAAAUUUAACUCCAGCACAUUUUCUAAAAGAAAUCCAAGAAAAUCUCUAUCUAUGACUAAAAAUAAAAGUAAGAUUGAUCUUAAUAAAUCAACUAAUCAAAUUGACAAUUUAAAUAAAUCGACAACUGAAAGUGACACUAGUGUUGUAGUUGAUCGUACUAGUUUAUUGUUUAGUGAAAUUAAAGUACUUAACCAUGAAUCAAACAUAAAUAUUCAAUCAGUUAAUCCUAUUCAAGAUGUACUGAAUGGGAAACCCUUGACGGGUGAAAGGAAGUUAGAUUUGGAUUGGAUAGAUAGAUGUACUAAAGACUGUGAUUUGGAAGUUAUUGGAGAUAAUUCUAAAAGAUUAUCUGGAGUCAGUGACUCAGGAAUAGAAUCUAUUGAUGCACAUUCUCAUGAAAUUCAAGAUAAAUCUUUGGGAACAUCUGAAGAUCUAUCUGAUGAUGAUUUUGUUUGUAACAGUGACGUAGAAGAAGAAGAUAAUAAAAAUAAAAGAAUUCGAAAUUGGAAAAGAAUGUUGUCUGAUAUGUCAAUGCAGCUAGCAAAGAGACCAAAAUUAGAUACUGAUGAGAAUUUAAAUAAUUCGAGUCAUCUAUCAAAGGCAGCUUAUUCACCGUAUAGAACGUUUGUUGAUAAUAGCAUAAAUAAUAGUAUAAAUAAUCAUGAGAAGACAUUGACAGAAAAAGAAAAUAAAAUGAAAGAAUAUGAAUUUGUGGACACCGAAGACGGAACAAUGACUGAUGAGAAAUCUCUGAAAAAUGAUAAAACUAACUCAUUGAAUCACAAAAAUAAACUUUUAAAAAGUAGUAAUAGGCGUAAUGCAAACAGCUCAAGAAGUAAAGCAACCAAGAGUCAAAAAAAUGAAACAAAAGUUAAAAGAUCAAGAGUAUCAAAGAGAACCUCCCACAGCCUUAAAAAGAGAAACCGAAGAAGUAAAGGUGAACUUUCGAAUGAAGAAUCGACAGAAAAUCAUUCUGACGAUUCAGAAUCAGGAGAACAAGGUCCUCAGAUUCCUAUUUACAAUAUAGAAUCUUUGAAUGUUACUCCAAGAUUUGCUGUUCCUCAAGAGACAAAAGGAAAUCUUAUAUCAGAAUUUUGUCAAUCAAUAAAUGUUAAUGAAUCAUUAAUAAAUCAAGAAAUAAUUUCAUCUAAGGAAAAACCUAAAAGCCUUAUGACUUCAAAAGAAAAAUUAGAAGCUAAAAUCGCUGCAGGGAAAUUAAAUGAAAACUUUGUACGAAUUAAUUUAAAGAAAAAAGUUUUUGUCAAAGGUAAAAAAUCCUUUAACUUUUCAAGAUAUAAAAAAACCCAGUGGCGACACAAGAAAAAAGAAUUGGCUUCUGGAGAAGGUUCAUUAGACUUAGCAGAUUUAGCAGAGAAAAACACUUGUUUCAGAUGUGGAGGAAGUAAUCAUAUUGCUAGAAAAUGUCCAGCAAUGCAAAGUGAUGAAUUAUUACCUUUAGAAGAAACUCAAAUAUCAGAUUAUCCAACUCUCGAAGAAGCUAAAAAAAUGGCAUCUCAAGAGGCUACAAAAGCUCAUUGUCAUCGUAUUCAUUCAUUACCGGAGUGUUCAAGAAGUUCAGAUAAUACUAAUGAAGAAAGUUUGAAACUUGGAUUGGAAAAUUUAGAUACUUCAGAGGAUGUUAAUGAAGAAGAUUUUGAUGAUUUUGAAGAAGAUGAAGAAGAAGAAUUUACCUCAUCAACAUUUACUGGACAUAAAAUACCAAAAGAAUUAAUUAAUAAAUUACUUCCACCCGUAAACGGAGUAAUUGAACCCUUAUACCCAGUGUCUGAUAGUGGUAAGCUGAUAGAAACACCUCAAGAAGUAUUUGAUGCACUGAAAUUGUUUGGACACAAAAAUUUCCGACCUGGACAAGAGAAAGCAGUGAUGAGAGUUCUUUCAGGUCAAUCUACUUUAGUUACUCUAUCAACUGGUUCUGGAAAAUCUUUAUGUUAUCAAUUACCAGCAUAUUUAUAUGCAAAAAGAUCUCACUGCAUUACACUUGUCAUCUCUCCUCUGGUAUCUUUAAUGGAUGAUCAAGUAACUGGAAUUCCAAAAUUCAUCUCUGCUGCUGCUUUACAUACAGGUCAUACACCUAAAGUUAGAGAAAAAAUUAUAAAUGCUAUUAAAGAAGGAGAAAUUGAUAUUUUAUUAGUAUCUCCUGAAGCUAUAGUAGCUGGAGAAAAAUCUACCGGUUUUGGAUCUCUUUUGAGGCAGCUUCCACCGAUAGCAUUUGCUUGUAUUGAUGAAGCUCAUUGCAUCUCUCAAUGGUCCCAUAAUUUUCGACCUUCUUAUUUAAUGGUUUGUCGAGUUCUCAUCGAAAAGUUAGGAGUUAAAACUAUAUUAGGAUUAACAGCUACAGCAACAAGAUCCACAGCAGAAAGCAUCGUUAGGCAUCUGACCAUUCCUGACGGCAUGGAUGGAGUAAUUAAAGAUAUUCCAGUACCUAACAAUUUGUCUUUGACUGUUUCAAAAGAUGAUCAAAGAGAUCGUGCUUUGAUUGAACUUUUAAGAAGUCAAAGAUUCAAAGAAUGCGAUUCAAUUAUUAUCUAUUGCACAAGAAGAGAAGAAUGUGUCCGCAUUACUGGACUUCUAAGAGCUUCAUUCCGGGAAUAUGAUGACCCAAAUUGUGAUAAAUCAAAGUCUAAAGCUAAGACAUCUUCAAUAGCAGAAGCUUAUCAUGCAGGAUUACCUCCAAGUCGACGUAAAGUUAUCCAAAAAGCAUUCAUGAACGGUAAUACAAGAAUUGUUGUAGCUACAGUAGCUUUUGGAAUGGGUAUUAAUAAAUCAAAUAUUAGAUCUGUUAUUCAUUACAAUAUGCCAAGCAAUUUUGAAGGAUACGUUCAAGAAGUAGGAAGAGCAGGUAGAGACCAAUUACCUGCCCAUUGUCAUUUGUUUAUUAGUCCCAAAGAAGAUCAAGAUAAAUGGGAAUUAAGAAGACAUAUCUAUGCGAAUGGUGUUGAUCGACACACAAUAAGGAAACUUUUACAAAAAAUUUUCAUCCCGUGUUCUUGUUCAAAUAAUAGAAAAAAAUGUCCUGGACAUGAAGUUGCAAUUCCUAUAGAUACAACUGUGCAGUCAUUAGAUAUAUCUGAAGAAACAAUUUCAACAUUACUAUGCUAUUUAGAGUUGCAUCCAAAAAAAUUCAUUACUGUGUUGUCAUCGGUUUACGUCAAUGCGAAAGUCUCAAGUUAUAAUGGCGUGAAAGCUUUGAAGGCUGCUGCACAAAUGUCUCCGCCCCUAGCAAUGGCAAUUGCCAUGGAUCGAAAAAGAGGAAUUUCUCAUGAUAACGACACAAUCAUCGAAUUCCCUGUAGUUGAUGUAGCAGCGGCGAUUGGAUGGGAUAGUGGAGUAGUGAAGAGUCAUUUAAAAAAUCUUGAAUGGGAAACAAUUGAUGGAAAACCAAAACGCUCGGCCAUUAAUGUAAAAUUUGAUACUCUUGGAUUAAGAGUUCGUGCUCCUGGAGAUUUAAGUGAUGCUGAACUAGAUGAAGCUCUUGAUGCUUUAGCUGAACGUACGCAGUCUCAACAAACAGUAUCUCUUCAACAAUUAGAAAUGAUAUAUACUGUUUUAAAUAAAUUUAGUUACCAAAGUGUUCAAGAUUGUAAAGAACUUACUAAUGAUAAUAUCGAAAAUUCAAAUGGACUUAAAAAUUUAAUUCGAUCGUAUUUCCAGUCAAGUUCUCCACUUUCUAUCAUUGAGAUUCCUCGUGAUAAAAACGAUAAAGUAGAUAAUGAAACUCAAAUAAUUUCAGAUAUUCGUAGUCUUAUUAAUAGUUACAGAGACAAUAAUUUUUCUGGUAGAGCGGUUGCUAGAAUCUUUCAUGGUAUUCAAAGUCCAAAUUAUUCUGCUCUUACAUGGAGUAGAUGUAGAUUUUGGCGAGCACAUUUAACUGUAGAUUUUAAUUGGAUUGUACAAACGGCUACUCGAGAAAUUUUAGCAAUGCGUUGAUAAUCUCUUGUAAUUAUAUGUAUUUAAGUUCUUGAAAAAAUUUAUGAAUAAGUAUAUGAUUAGAAGAAUAAUGGUACACUAAUAUAAAUGGGGAAAACAUAUUGUAUAAAUUCAUAGUAAUAUAAGUAUUUAUAAUUAAAUUUAUACGAUAUUAACAUUUGUAAAGUGAUUGAAUUAAUAUAAACAUAUUUUUAACUGUUUGUUAAA